AUGGAAAACACAUCAUGCAUAAAAAGCAAUGGCGGUCUCCUGACGCUGGACAUCAAUCUUAAGCGACGAUCCACCGGGUGCCUACGCCGUCCAUCAUUGCUAUCAACCGACACUGCCGUUUCGUCCAACGCCAAGGAAAAAUGGAAAGCACCUGGACGGUCAGAAAUCCCAAACAUCUUUGGCCCCAAUUGCUUUCUGAAAUACGAAGGAUUGCCCAAGCACAAGACGUACAGCCUGCGACCGUACAAUCCGCAAAAGAACGUAUCCAAACGACCAUGGUUGCCAGCCGGCAAGAGCCCGGAGAUCCCGCAGCUUCCGCCGUUGGUUCGAUCGGCGAACGAAUUUGAGCGCAAACUGCGUAGGGCGUUGCCAAACGUUCCGGUGUCUUCGCUUGACCCGCAUAACAAGUAUGGCGGCUUUAAAGAAAUUGGCACUGGCGUCAAUGGCUCAGUCGUCGGCGCCAUCCAUCGUUACAAAAACAACGUGGUUGUAGCCAUCAAACGGUGCCGUCUGCAUCCCGACACGGAAUACCGUGCAGCAAUCAUCCGAGAGCUACGCAUCAUGGCAAGCGGCCAUGCAAACCUGAUCCGACUGCGCGAGGUGUCGCUGUGGCGAGACGACGUCUGGAUUGCCAUGGACCUGAUGCGAUGCUCUGUGUUUGCGGUGCUGUGCAAGCGCGGACUGCCCGAAGACUAUGCGGUGUAUAUCGCAUGUGAAGUUUUGAAAGCAUUGGACCACCUGCACACCAAAGGUUUCAUCCAUCGUGACAUCAAGUGCGAAAAUUUGCUUCUUGGCUGGAACGGCCAGGUGAAACUUGCGGAUUUUGGCUUGGCAACUCGUACCUCGCGUCACAACUGGGAACGUCUUGGAACGUCCAAAUGGAUGGCGCCCGAGGUGAUCCGUGAGCAGCCCUACUCGGAGAAAAUUGACAUGUGGUCGCUCGGCAUUACCUUGAUUGAAAUGAUGGAUCGCGUGCCGCCCCACUACUUGGUCAGAGACGACCUCCAGCUGUUUGCUGCCAUCCUAUCUGAGCCAAGCCCGGCGUUCGUCUACAGCUACCCAACCAUGUACAUGCGAGGCUUGGUUGCUUGGCUGCUCGAUUUCCAGCCAGACACUCGACCCUCGGCCAGAGACGUGCUGAGGGAGAUCGACGCUCAUGUCCAGAGCAAGCUGUUGCGCUGCUGCUCGCCCAUGGACUUGGCCCGCUUUGUCCACUAUGUCCUGACGUCUCCUUCUUGA